CGUGUCCGUUUAUGAAUGCAUUGUUAGUUCUCGCGAGGCUUAGCAGACAGUGACGUCGCGUAUCGUGCGAGGAUUCAUGGCGGAAUCUGUGAUACUGACACUUUGAACUGUAAAGAAAACUCUUUCCGUUAUUUUCCACUUGGCAGCAAGCUACAGAAGCCGAACUGAAGAUCAGGGAAUAGAACCAUAUCACUUGACUGUUCUAAAUUUCCAAAGUCAAUGGCAGAACUAAUUGGGUUCAAACCUCCUUAAAGGGGCUGUGCACCACCCAGGAAGUUCAUAAGUCCAGGCAGUGACUCUUAAAACAAUGGAGAAUGGACAGACUACAGCGUCAAAGCUUGGCCUUCCUCCACUCACACCAGAGCAGCAGGAGGCCCUGCAGAAGGCAAAGAAGUAUGCGAUGGAGCAGAGUAUUAAGAGUGUGUUGGUGAAACAGACCAUCGCUCAUCAGCAACAACAACUGACUAAUCUUCAGAUGGCAGCAGUGACAAUGGGCUUUGGAGAUCCUCUCUCACCUUUACAAUCGAUGGCAGCUCAGCGGCAGCGCGCGCUGGCCAUUAUGUGUCGGGUCUAUGUAGGCUCAAUUUACUAUGAGCUGGGAGAGGAUACCAUUCGGCAAGCAUUCGCUCCUUUCGGGCCCAUCAAAAGUAUCGACAUGUCUUGGGAUUCUGUUACAAUGAAGCACAAGGGAUUUGCUUUUGUUGAAUAUGAAGUCCCAGAAGCUGCGCAGCUUGCUCUGGAACAGAUGAACUCUGUUAUGUUAGGUGGAAGGAACAUCAAGGUUGGCCGGCCAAGUAAUAUUGGACAAGCUCAACCCAUUAUUGAUCAACUUGCAGAAGAAGCACGGUCAUUUAAUCGUAUAUAUGUGGCAUCUGUGCAUCCUGAUUUAUCAGAUGAGGACAUUAAGAGUGUUUUUGAAGCUUUUGGAAAGAUUAAAUCAUGCACGCUUGCUAGAGAUCCCACAACUGGAAAACACAAAGGAUAUGGAUUUAUAGAAUAUGAAAAGGCUCAGUCUUCACAGGAUGCAGUAUCUUCAAUGAAUCUUUUUGACUUAGGUGGUCAGUAUCUUCGAGUUGGUAAAGCGGUCACUCCACCAAUGCCAAUCCAUACGCCUGCAACACCUGGAGGAUUGCCACCGGCUGCUGCUGUAGCAGCAGCGGCAGCAACUGCCAAGAUUACAGCACAGGAAGCUGUAGCAGGAGCAACAGUCCUUGGUGCUCUUACUACACCAGCAGCGCUGACAUUAGCACAGCCACUUGGUGCUUUACCGCAAGCAGUCAUGGCAGCACAAGCACCUGGUGUUAUUACAGGAGUAACACCUGCCCGACCUCCCAUCCCAGUUGCUAUUCCCCAGGUUGGUAUCGUAAACCCAGUCUUGGCAUCUCCACCAACGCUAAUAGCUGUUGCAGACGCAAAGAAAGAAAAGGAAGAGGAGGAAGUUUCCCAAGAUGGCGAACGGGCCGAGAUGUUGAGUGAACAGGAACACAUGAGCAUUUCUGGUAGCAGUGCCCGACAUAUGGUAAUGCAAAAGCUGUUGAGAAAACAGGAGUCUACAGUGAUGGUAUUGCGGAAUAUGGUUGGUCCUGAGGACAUUGAUGAUGAUCUAGAAGGGGAAGUAACAGAGGAGUGUGGCAAAUUUGGAGCGGUGAACCGUGUAAUUAUCUACCAGGAGAAGCAGGGUGAAGAAGAGGAUGCCGAAGUCAUUGUAAAGAUCUUUGUUGAAUUCUCUACUGCAGCAGAGAUGAACAAAGCUAUCCAGGCCUUGAAUGGCCGUUGGUUUGGUGGCAGGAAAGUCAUUGCAGAAGUGUACGACCAGGAGCGCUUUGAGAACAGUGAUCUGUCUGCAUAAACUGUCUCGAACCACAUGCACGCCCCUGUACAAAUACAUAUACCUUCCUACAGCUGCUGCUGUUUUAAAUAGGUAUUUUUAUUAAAAAUUAAUGGUUGAGGUAGGAAAAAUAGCUGCAGCUUCACUUGGAUUGGAGAUUUUCUCCUUUUCUAUUAUUAUUCCAUAUUGUGAAGAAUUGGAUAUUCAUGAGAUGUUUUCAUGAUCUGUUUUUGAAUUUGUUUUGUUUUUGUUUUUUAUCUGAAUAACUCAGUAAAUAUUGUUAGUAACACCUGAAUAUUAUUAUACUCUCAUUUUUUACAUUAAUUUUUUUGUCCAAAUUCUUACCAUCAGUCUUCAUUUUUUUCCUAGGGUAUAAAAUUUAUUUAAAAUGUUUGAACUAUUUAAAAAACAUUUUGCCUUUGGAUUUUAUUUCCAGGAGUCUCUUACAGUUCAACAGUGGUUUCUUUAUCAGCUGCUGGUUAGAAGACAUUGUGCCUUAGUUGACUGCUGCCAUACAUUUAGGAAGCUGCAGCUUUUCUAUAGCAGCAGUCACUGACUGCUUUUCCAUUACCUCUUGACUUCAGCUUGCAUUUGUUUUCAAAUGUAUGCAUAUGUUGUUGCUUGUCACUCAUACAUCUUGUUUGUACAGUUGUUUUCGUAUUCCUCAGGUAUGAAGUGCAACUGAAACAUUAUGAAUGAAAUCAUGGAAGUUUAGCGAGAACAGGUUUUGUUUUCUUAGUAUUGUUUUUUUAUGUUCAAUUUUAGCAUUCCAGUUUAAAUACCAGACUACCAGAUUAAUGUUUUUAAACAAAAUUCAAGAUGAUAAAAUGUGUGGUAUUUGCCUAUCAAGAGGAAUGCUUGUUUUACAGAAGGAGCUUUAAGAGUGAGUGGUGCAUGCGCUUUGUUCUUAAAGGCCAGGUGUCCAGCUCUUCACACCCCAGAUUUCCUCAGUAUUUUUGUAUGUUAGACAUCAUUUGCCCAGAAAUAAGUUUUGAAAUUAUGAAGUGAAAAUUCAGAAGGGACAAUUGGACUAUUGUGUUUAUUAUUUAAUACUGUAUUGGAGCUACUCAUGUUGAUGAGGUGACUGAAUAAAGCCAUUCAAAACAA